AAGGCAUGUGUAGUCAUGAAUAUCAGCUUCGAGGGAAAACGUAUUCUUGUGACAGGAGCUGGACAAGGCAUCGGCAGGAAGCUGGCUCUUCACCUCUCCAAGUAUGGAGGUCAAGUCAUAGCACUAUCGAAGACGCAAAAGAAUCUGGAGAAUUUGCGCGAAGAAGAUUCUCGUAUUCAGAUUAUCUGUGUUGAUCUUAACGACUGGAACAACUCCAGAAAAGCCGUUGAAAGCAUAUUACCGAUCGAUCUUUUGGUGAACAAUGCCGGCGUUGCGCGCCUUAAUUCCUUCUUCGAUGUAACUCCGGAAGAUUUUGAUUUGACUUUCGCCGUAAAUGUAAGGGCCAUCGUGAAUAUCUCACAAAUAGUCGCAAAAAAUAUGGUCGAAAGGAAAGUUGCUGGUAGUAUCGUCAAUCUAUCUUCGCAAGCUAGCCAGGCAGCUCUGAAGGAUCAUUCUGUCUAUUGCGCUUCCAAGGGAGCAGUAGACAUGUUAUCCAAGACAAUGGCUCUCGAACUUGGUCCACAUAACAUUCGAGUGAACACCAUAAAUCCUACUGUGAUCAUGACAGAAAUGGGAAAGCUGGGUUGGAAGGAACCAGAGAAAGCACGUACCAUGUUAAGCAAAAUACCAUUAGGUCGAUUUGGUGAAGUAUCUGAGGUGAUCGAUGCCAUAGUAUUUUUAUUGAGCGACCAUAGUUCAAUGAUCAACGGAGUUACCUUACCAGUGGAUGGUGGAUUUCUGGCUACGUAAAUUGCAAAACGUGUUUUAAUUAUCCUUUAUGAUAAAUCGACUGUCCAUAAAAGUUUCAUCGAGAAGAAACACAGAAGGGGAUAAACGAAAACUGUGUGGAUAUUUGAAGCAUGGACCGAGGAUAAAAUGAAAGAGAGAAAGGCGAAUAUAGUUACUCGUUUAUCUCGUUUAAUUUAAAAAACGCUUCGUUUCUUCUUUUUUUAUUAUUUAACUAGAAUUCGGCGAGCAGACAGCAGAGGGCACCAUGAAACGGUGAACACGUUCGUCGUGAAAGAAAACUGGUUAUUUUCCGAAAAUAUUUGAAACGAGACGGGGCAUCGUUCCAUCGGGGUUCCCCCGCCGCUGCCAUUUCCGGUCUAAAACAAACGUUUCGUUUUUCGGCUCUUCCUAAUCGGUAAUUAUUUGAAUAUCCCUACAAUGAACAUAAAGUGGCGGAGAAAAACGCGAAAUCAGACUGCCUGCACGGAAGGAGACGUUCAAAAUCGAUCAGGGGCGUAGCAUUUGACUUCAUUCACGCCUCCUUUCGCGAUCAACGUUACGAGCGAAGCAUUUCCGUUGAAAUUAACCCUUUAUGUAAGUAAUUCUUAAUCGUAUAGAAGACAAUCUUUUCGCAAUCGUUCGACUAAACGAUUUCGAAAAUCGUUCGACCAAAAUAUGUCGUAAAUAAAAGAGAAAAAGAUAAGAAAGAAAAAGAGAGAAAAAAAGAUAUAACAAAUAAAAUGGAUCGCUUAGUUUUUUACGCUUUCCUUAACAAUUAUAUACCGUCUCUCCGUGUCAUAUAAAAAAUCAAUUACAGCCCUUCAAAUGUCCUUCGUAGAUAUCAAAAAAUACACGAUUACACGUUGCAGAUUAAGAAUCACUAGUCUACAGUUCGACAGAGUACAAGUAUUAAAAGCGACCAACACGUAGAAACGCUGUUUCCUCGAUGCACCGUCGACACGCUACUCAGGAAUCACCAAAGUAUUCGAUGGUUAUUAAAUAGCUGCCUAUUUUGAUUAUUCUUGUUAUUUGGAGAAUCGUAUGUCCUCCUCGUUGACACACCGCUCGCACGGCCGUAUUCCCAUCAUACAUAAAAGAUUAACUUCAAGUCACAUGCGUCCGGCUACCACAAAAAAAAAAAAAGAAGAAGAAGACGAAAAAAGGAAAAAGAAGUAUGAAAACAACGGAAAAAACUCGAACAUCUCACGCAACACUCGCCGCGUCGUCUCGAUUCGUACACUGAUAGACGAACAAGCAAACGGACAACGACGGUCAUAAUUUCUUUUUUUUUGUUUUUUUUUUUUUCCUUUUUUUACAAUUGCACUUCAGUUUAGGAGUUAACGAACUCACAUCAAGAAUGUCGAGUAAUGCAAGCUUAAUUUUCUUAAUUCCCGAUCGACCCACCAGAGCGUCCGCGUCUUUCCUCCGAUAGAUGUCGCCACCGGUCGAACGACAAAAAUGGGCGAUUCUCCGACAGCAACGAGAUAAAGAGAGAUAACAGAAAACGAAGUUUCUUUUACCGUGAUAUUUAAAGGAAGAACGGAAAGUAAAGCGCUAGUGGGUCGACGUUCCAGCCGCGAGCGAUAGAUUAAAUAUUCGCAAAUUUAUACGUUUUUCUUUUCUUUUCUCGUCGCUCUUACACGAUAAUGAUAUAUCGCGUCGAUAAUAAUAAAUCAUUCUUUUCCUUCUGCAUUUUCUUUCUCAAACCGCAGGUUCGAUCAAUACUCAAGCGCAGGCCUACUAUUUUGAUUCGGUUUUUCCUUUUUCUUUUUUUUUUUUUUUUCGACCUGUACGCUCUUGCCAUCCUCGAAGAUCACACGCACAAGACACACGACGAGAAACUAAGAAAGAAACGUGUGGCGAAAGCGUCGUGGUGUUAUAUUCUGUUAUUUCUACAGCAAGAAUUCGAAUCCAAGGAGCAAACGGAGGAGGGUCCUUAGAAACGCAAUCGAAUGACACUUUGUCUCGUUUACGUUCGCCGUUCCGGCUAGGCAUUUUCCCCCUCAAACUCCCGCCAACGGAUUAAACUCGACGAUUAAAUCCGUGGGUAGCCUAGACGUUUAGCCGAUCAGUUAGCCGCUCGUGCUUUUCAUCAACCUACAAAGAAAGAAAACGUGAAUGCAGGCAAAGGCCGAAUCUCAAAGAUGGCAAGAGUUGUUGUUGUUGUUGUUGUAUGCGAUGAAGAGAAACGAAAAAAUUCGUACUAGAAUGCAAACGAAAGCCACGAAUAUCAUGUUUUCCUCCGCGUUUCCACUCGGCCAUACGCGAAUGACCUUGCACAUACACGCAACGAGUCAUCCGUGAAGCUGUUUCUCUCUCGAUAUUUCUCAACCACGCACCACUGUGAUCCGUCGAUCUCUUGCUCUCUUCCCUUCGCCUCUUUUCCUUUGCAGAAACGAGAACAGCGAUACGCGAGUACAACGCAAAGAUAAAACGGUGAAACGGAAUAGAGAAGGCAAGCAAGCCUGAAGCAGCUCGACUCCCGGUUAAAAACGCUCUCUCCUUGCAUGUAUAGUACACAAAGGCAGUUAUUAUAAUACUCUUUGUCGGUGUUGCUUUGUUCCUUCGGACAUUUCACCUAAUUGUUCCUCUCAUUCUUUCUCUCGCAUAUCAUACUCGUCUGCAUGCACUGUGGGGUAGUACAGUUCGAAUCGGCUCCUCGUCAACCAUAUUGAUGAGAACUUCGUCAUUCGCGAACAUACACGCAUACAUACAUACAUACGUACACACAUCGUUCACGCGACUUAUAGUUAUUUCCCCUUGGAUAGAUCAUAGUAAUUGUAUAUACAUAUACAAACCGUUCGCACAGUCGAUACAAUUUCGAUUAUUAGUGUACUUAAAAUACGAUUGAUCGCGAAUUAUACCUCAAUGCCGUGAUCGUCGUGACGCCUCGUCGAUGAAGGUCUUCGUAGACGCUUCCCUACUCGAACCAGAGGACCAGUUUACGCGUGUUCUUUAUUUUCUUGCUUUUCCUUUCCUUUCUUUUCUUUUCUUUUUUCUUUCCGCGGUUCCUCUCCGUUUCAACGAGUCUCGCGUGAACCUGAUAGGCUUCUUAGACUCGAGAAGACAAAAGAAGAAGAAGAAGAAGAAGACGAAGAAGGAGAAAAAGAAGAAGCACCGCUAGGCCGAGCGGAAUCAAGCGCGCGCCAUCUUUUCUCUUUGUCGUUUCAUUUUUUUUAUUCUUCCUUCUGUCCCUUAAUUUUACUUGCAUUCGAAGAAUCGUCCAUUUUGUUACUCAGCUUCCGCUUUUAAUCGGACCAAUUUGCGCCAACGACAUCUACGUUUCCAUCUCACAAGCGAGUGUUCCGGCUGGACUUUUUUGGUUCAACGAAAAAUGAAAAUAAUAAAAUCAAUUCGAUGCGUUUCUUUGCAUUUCGUCCCCUUUUCUUCUAUCUCUUGUCGUCUGGCACAAAUUGUUUCAUCGUGAAAAGAAAAAGAAAAAAGAAAAAAGUAAUCGAUAUACAUGCUGGCGCUCCUCUUCUCGCACUGGCAUCGAUCGUCUCGAGGAGAAUCGUGUUGCUCUCGCGAGAUCUUGGAUUCUAACGUCGAUGAUCAAGGAGGAAACGACGAAUCGUGACAAGAUUAAUUCCGCGCCUAUCAUUCAGUCGUGGGAGAAAACGCAAGGGCUUCCGCUCGCGCUGGCAGUGUUUGUUUCCUCUAAGAUAAAGCUCGAAAACGAUCUUCGAUUCAGUGGCCAACGGCGAGAAUUAUCGUUUUGCAACCUAACGAUCAACGAAAUUAUCACCGAUCUCGUUCGCGAUUCGAAAUCUUCGCAAUUCUUGAUUUCACUUCGAAUUUCAGGUAGUUCGAUCUAACGCUAACUAGCUGAACGUAGAUGAGACCGAAUCAAACGAAUCGCGUGUAUUAAUUGGAAGAAAUGGAAGUGUUAAUAUCGAGCAACGAUCACAAAGAUCUAAUCAUCUUAUAAGAAAUGAACGAAAUCUUAAAACAAUAUAGAUCACCGCGCGAUAUUUGCUAAU